AUGCAUCUGUGGCAGGCCACUCUUCCUUUCUGUCUGCUGGCCUCAGCUGCUCUCCCUGUUGCUGCGGCUUCAGCUUGGGGCUUUACUGAUGCCACCGUGGCAGUUCAACCUAAGGGUGCCGGUGUUAACAGCGGAUUCAAGGAAUCGCUUUCUUCCUCCAAACCACUCUCCCAACCCGUCUCCUUUGCCGGUGCCGAUACAUUGCGCGUCAUCUUGACUACCCAGGAAGGAAGCUCUGCGAAGCGCCCACACCAAGCUUUCCUGUUGUUGAAGGAUUCCCAAACAGGAUUGGAUAUCUCCUACCCAUUUACCGUUAAGGAGAAUGGCAAGUCGCGAGUGGAAUUGACCCAGAAGGAGCUUCCAGUUCAAUUCCUGUCGCUCUCUGAGCCCAUUGACGCCCGUGUGGUCAUCGGUUCCUUUGGCAGCUCUGAGGCGUACGAUAGCUCUGUCUUCUCUCUUUCAAUUGACCGCGAUCUCGAUCAUCCCGUCCCCACUGUCGAAGCCGCCAGAUACGGCAAGCUUCCCGAGAUCCACCACAUCUUCAAGGAUGCUGCUACCAGCCCGCCCGUUAUAAUUACCCUGGCCUUUGUCGCCCUGGUUGGCGCUUCCCUUCCUGUUCUGGCUGGACUGUGGCUCUUCCUCGGUGCCAAUGUGAACCACCUUUCGUCCGCUUUCAAAUCUGCCCCUCUUCCUCACGCUAUUUUCCUCGGGUCUCUGUUUGCCUUCGAGGGUAUCUUCUUCCUCUACUAUACCUCUUGGAACCUGUUCCAGAUCCUGCCUGCUGCCGCCGCUGCAGGUGCGGUCGCGUUUGUCAGUGGUAGCCGCGCAUUGGGUGAGGUUCAAGGCCGUCGCCUUGCUGGUUUGCGUUGA